UGUCAGUGUUCAUAUUUCACGAAUUAUUCUUCUGACAAAGCCAGAACUUAGAUGGAAGUUGUCUCAGGGAAAUGUUACUGAGUGGGUAUGUUUGACAUUGAAAUAAAUGUUAGGACCUUUUGAUAAGAAAAUGUUUAAAUUUCAUCGCAAAGACAGUUUUUAAACAAAUUUCGAGAUAUUGGAAGCAAGUAUUUAUCUAUAGCAGACUUUUGUGAACCAGCCAAUAGUCUUAUUUACCUGGUCACUGGUUAUGUACGAACUUUUACAUGCCUCUUUUUAUAUUUUAUUAUAUGCUAUAGAAUUGUAACCAAUAGAAGAAGGACAUGUCUGGUAAUUAUCAUAGACCCUUUAAGCGGUCUAUAAGUUAUAUUAAUAGACCACUUCCAAACGAGGUAUCCGUUGUUAGGUUGAAUAACGUUCCUAUACGUUUUGGUAACGGUCGUUUAAUUACUUUGGCGAUAUUUGUAACACAGGUGUUUUCUGAUGGACAGACAGACGGACAGAUAAAGCGAAAUCUAUAUACCUACCUCAUGGUUGUGGUAUUUUUAAUCGGACCUUAUUUUUUGUCAUAAAACAAUAAAAAUGGCAUCAAAUGGAGCUGUGACAUCGGCCUUUUAUUAGCAGUAAUUUUAUGUUAAAGAUGUAUAUGGUGCAUAUUUUAUCUCAUAAAUCCUGAUAAAUAUAUUUUAGGUGCUUUAUAUAACUAUAAAAAUGCAUAUUCAAAGAAUACAUAUAGCAGGUAUUCUGUCGCGUUCACCUAAAAAAAAGAAAUUAAAUAUUUAUAAAAUUAUAAAAACUGGAAGUUUUUUUUAUCGACGGACGAUGUCGAAGUUUUCCGAAAAUUCAAACACGCAUUUCCGGAAACAACGUGAUCCUCAUAUUAAUUAGGUACACAAACUUCAAAAAAUGGCGGAGAAACAGUUACGUACGAAAACGACAGAGAAAGUCGUUUGUGACUGAUUCUGCCAAGAAAAUGCGUAAAAAAGCUUACAUACUAUCUUUUCAUAUUCGAAAGGAGAUUUCGCGCUGGCGUACAUUGAAGACGGAGCUAGGUGUGAAAACAGAUGCAAAACUAGCCAAGGUUUUGCUCGACAGAUUUGGAGAUUAUAGUAUGCAGCAGAGCAUCUCUACGCCUGGGACAUCUCGCCAAGGACUUCCUAACCUGCCAGUGUCAGAGAUAUUAUCUGCAUCUGAUAUUGACAACUCAGAAAGGACUGCUGAGAGAGAUAGUACAACGGUGAAAAUUAAAGCAGGGCUUACAGUAGAAAAGAAAAGACCGUCAUCAUCUUUUGCAGACCCUGUAGCGACUGCUGAGAGAGAUAGUACAACGGUGAAAACUAAAGCAGGGCUUACAGUAGAAAAGAAAAGACCGUCAUCAUCUUUUGCAGACCCUGUAGCGACAUUUAAACCUAUACCUGGAGAUAUGAUAGAGUUUAAGAGAAAAAUGGGUUACUCCCACUUUGGUGUGUACGUUGGUAAAGGUUACGUCAUUCAUCUCACGGGGAAUAUAUUGUCGUGUCCGAGCAGUACUAGCAAGCUUAACAAGUCAGUUGGCAAGCCAAAGGUGAAGAGAGAGAAACUUACGGAUGUUGCGGGGAAUUCAGAUUACAAAGUUAAUAACACGAGAGAACACGAGCUUUCAGCAGACGAUGAACAGACGAUUUUAGACAGAGCAAGCAUGUAUAUUGGUUACGCAAAAUACGACCUAUUCGAAUUCAAUUGCGAAACAUUUGCAAGCAUGUGUAGAUAUGGAAGAGGAAAGAGUAAACAGGCUGGCAAAUACGUUGGCAAUUUGAAAUCCAUAAAAGAAAAGGAUUUGUCAGUAAACAAAAGAGGACGUAAAAAAGUUAAAAAACCUUCAACCUUCCAUUCAAUACAAAGUGAUACAAUCAGGGAAGAUGACGGAUAUAAGGAAGUUGAAGAUGCCAAAUAUGACAAAGAUAACGGAUGUUGCGUUCUUAUCUGAAGUUAAGAUUCACAUUUUAUUGGAAGCAAGACAGAAAUUCAUUAAAGUUAACAACAAGGACUAAAGAAUUACAUCAUAUUUAAAACUGCUGUUUAUAAGAAACUUACAUGACACUUUUUUAUCUGAUAAUUAAAAUAAACCGGUAAGAAC